CCCACCUCCUUGCCGGAAAGGCAGGGUGGUCGGCGGCGUUUGCCCGCAGGGCUGCAUGCAUGACACAGCGCAAAGGCGAGAAGCCCACCAUCAGCAUCCAGGAGCACAUGGCCAUUGACGUGUGCCCGGGCCCCAUUCAGCCCAUCAAGCAGAUCUCUGACUAUUUCCCCCGCUACCCGCGGGGUCUCCCCCCCACAGCGCCACCACCGCUGGGCCUCAGCCGCACCGGAUCCCCGCGCUCCUCCUCAUCCUCCUCCGCCACCGCAGCAGGACGUACCCACGAGGGCCCCGCAGCCGCCUCCGACCCGGGCCGGGAUGACGAUGAGCUGGACCGAGCCUUUGGCGCUGCCUCUGCCCUGCCGGUGCCCAGCAAGAAGGAGGAAGAGCCGGACGUGGAGGGUUACGACUCAGACGACUCCACCACUCUGGGCACGCUGGACUUCAGCCUGCUGUACGACCAGGAGAACAAUGCCCUGCACUGCACCAUCAACAAAGCAAAGGGACUCAAACCCAUGGAUCACAAUGGGCUGUCAGAUCCCUACGUUAAACUGCACCUGCUGCCUGGAGCCAGUAAAGCCAAUAAGCUCCGGACCAAGACUCUCCGCAACACCCUCAACCCAGUCUGGAGUGAGACAUUGACCUACUAUGGCAUCACUGAUGAGGAUAUGGUCCGCAAAACACUCAGGAUUUCAGUGUGUGACGAGGACAAAUUCCGCCACAACGAAUUCAUCGGAGAGACACGGAUCCCCCUGAAGAAGCUCAAGCCCAACCAGACCAAGAACUUCUACAACUGCCUGGAGAAGCAGCUGCCUAUUGACAAGACGGACGACAAGUCUCUAGAGGAGCGAGGCCGGAUCAUGAUCUCGCUGAAGUACAGCUCGCAGAAGUGCGGCCUGGUGGUGGGCAUCAUCCGCUGCGCUCACCUCGCAGCCAUGGACGCCAACGGCUUCUCCGACCCCUAUGUCAAAACAUACUUGAAGCCGGAUGAGAACAAAAAGUCAAAGCACAAGACUGCUGUAAAGAAGAAGACCCUUAAUCCAGAGUUUAAUGAGGAGUUCUUCUAUGAGAUUAAGUACGCUGAGCUCAGUAAGAAAACUCUCGAGGUGACUGUGUGGGACUAUGACAUUGGCAAAUCCAAUGACUUUAUAGGUGGAGUUUCUCUAGGCAUCAACGCCAAUGGAGAACGCCUGAAACACUGGUUCGACUGUCUGAAAAACAAAGACAAGAAAAUUGAGCGCUGGCACACACUGACAAAUGAACUACCUGGUUCAGGCUUCAAUGAUUGAAGAGAGCCAGGCCCUGAAGAGUUUCCUCCCUCUCCUCCACUUUCCGUGCAAUGUCCACUUGAGCCCAGCCUUUGUUUGGCACCUCCAGCACUCCAGAGGUUUUACAGUUUGGAGAUGAGUACCAAAACUACUGCACAUGCUCCAUCUCUAUAUGUCCCUUCCCUGGUGUUGACCUUGCUGUUUGAUCCUGUGCUGUGGCUUUUGGGCUUAUAUAAGGGUCUUUGGUCAGCAUAUGUUUAUUCAAACCUGUUGAAUAUGGAGAGGUGUGGCUCUCACCAAUGGCACAGGAUCCGUUUUGGACUGAUCUCCUGUGUACAAACAUUUAAACAUACUGUUAGGCCUACUGUUCACUCUGCUCUUUCAGCUCUCUCUGACAUUUAGUGUGUAUUUGAGGAUGUUGUUUACAAAAACCGUCGAUGGAUGUUGAUACCACAAAUGUAUAUAAUGGCACCAUGGGGGCUCAAAAGAUGUAUCGUUUUGAAAAGGCAGAACUGCUCAAGAGCUCUGGUCAAGAAACCAUCUACUGUUUACUUCUAGAAUACAGUUUGAAACUGAUGCCUAUCUGAAAUAUUUAGGGCAAAAAAAAAUCUCGGUAUGCCACAACACGAUUGUGAGGAUAUUGCUGUUUUUCACUGGAAUUGGCAACGAAAAAAAUGACAGAAAAUUGAAUGGAUUUGGGAGUUUUUAAUUUCAGUUUAUUCUCCAAGCAUAGCAGUUUUAGUGUUUUUGUUGUGCUUUUAAACUCACGUAAGAACCCAGUGUCAGUGUUUAUUGAUGAAUGUGUUUUAAUUAGCCACCCUUUUCUACAGUAACUUUAAAAAUGACAGCUGGAAGUGAUGAAAAAGUGAUGGACCAUCGUCCACCCUGUUUACAUAUUAAGCAAACAAAAAAAUGCCUACAGAACAGGAAAGACACUACAGGUAAGGGUCAUUCAUUACGGAUUUGGUCCAUUGAUUUCCCUAGUUAUUAGGGUCAGCGUACAGUAAUGCUGGUGGAGAUGCUCGCAGAACACUGUAUGUACUAAGACAAGCCCCAUAUAUAAAGAUAUACAAACCUGAGUUUGUGAAAUGCCAAUAGAUACAGAAAGCAGUGGCUAGUUAAUUUUGUUUGACUGCAAUUAGUUGAAAACAGUUCAAAAACACAGUAUUUGAUUAUUUACCUUAUUUACCUUUACCUUUUUUUACCUUUACCUCAUUGAUUUGAUACCUGCAACACAAAAAAAAGUUGACAGACACGUUUACCACUGUGUUUCAUCGCAUUCUUAUCAAAACACUUAUUAAUUUGGUGACUGAAGACAACAGUUGAUUCAGCUUUGAAAGCAGAAUUUUUGUCUUUCAGCUGUGCGGCUGUACAGGCCUUUGUUGUUGUAUUUUGUGUUCCAUAAUGCAGCACACAUUUUCGCUGCGAGACAAGACUGGACUGUAGGCAGGCCAGUCUAGCACCCACAUUCUCUGAUUACGCAGCCAUGCUGUUGUAACGUGCAAAAUGUGCCUUUGCAUUGCUGUGUUCAAUAAGCAUGGGCGUCCCUGAAAAAGAUGUCAUCUAGAAGGCAGCAUAUGUUGCUCUAAAAUGUGUAUAUUUUUCAGUGUUAACCCCUUAAAAUCCCAGCCUUAUUAUUCAGUAACUACAGGGACUUCAGUGCAAACUGGCUGAGCUAUUCUUAGGUUAUAGAAGUGUCGAAUAGAACUUUGGCCAUUUAAGGGGUUAAUGAUGCCAUCACAGAUGUGCAAGUUAGUCAUGCCAUGGGCACUGAUACCUCCCAUACCACAACAGACCCUAACUUUUGAACUUUAUACUGGUAACAAUCUGGAUGGUCCUUUUCUGUGGCCCAGAGAACACAACGUCCAUUAUUUCAAAUAUGUCUCAAAUUUUGAUUCCUCAAACCACAAUACACAUUUCCACUCUGAAUCAGUCCAUUUCAGAGCUCGAGCAAGAGAAGCUUAACUUUUUUUGG